GUGAUAUAGGUUGUGAAUUAAGUAGACAUGCAUCACAGGUUUACUUGGCAACAAAACAUGGAAAUUUGAUCCUUAGCCGGUUAAACUUUUCUGGCUAUCCACUAGAUGCAAAAAUACUUAGACGCUCAACAAACUUGGUGCCAUCCUGUUUGAAAAAUAAGUUCAUUCCAGUCAUCUGCAACAACAUAUUCAACCAUGCAAAUUUUGGAUUAGAAAGAGAUGCAGCAGACCCAUCACCUCACAGUGUGCCUCUUAUAAAUGAUGAGAUUGCAACAAGAAUCUCUACAGGGUCUCUCUUAAUAAAGCCUGCUGUGAUGAAGACAAAAGACAGAAAAGUUUACUUUAAUGAUGGAACUUUUGUUGAUAAUGUUGAUACUCUUAUUUUGUGCACUGGUUAUAAACGGGAAUUCAAGUUUCUGAAGAAAACAGAUUUGGUGGAUAUGGGCAUAGGUGAGAAGUAUCUUGGCCUCUACAAAUAUAUAUUCCCCACUAAACAUAUCGGAAAAAUUGCAUUCAUUGGUAUGACUGGUGUUUCUGGAAGUGUUUGUCCAGUCUUUGAAAUGCAGGCUCGGUAUGCAGUGGAAGUAUUUAAGGGUACCAUGAAAUUACCAUCAGACACAGCAAUGAACAAGAAUGUUAGCAAAUCCAUGGAACACUGGAAACAAAUCAGGAAUAAGGCCAGUGAAAUGAUGAGGGUAAAUUUCAUCUCUUAUCAAGAUGAGCUGGCUUCAGAAAUUGGUGUAAAACCCUGUUUAUGGAGUUUGCUGCUUAAAGACCCAGUUCUUGCAUGGCAUUUGUUUUUUGGCCCAGCAUGUCCAUAUCAGUACAGACUAUCAGGUCCAGGUGCCUGGGAUGGAGCACGGGAUACCAUUCUCACCGUUGACAAAAGAAUAUGGUACCCUUUGAAUAAAGAAUUUACAGUGAAACAGUCUACAUUCUCAUAUUUUGCAGUUCUUGCAAUUCUGUGUUUGAUCUUUGCAGUCAUAAGUAUACUUUGAGAAGUUAAUUUUUUGCAAAUAAUAAAAUAGCCAGAAUUUAUAAUUACUUGGUGUUUGCUUGAAGUUGCUAUCCUUGAUGAGCAGUAUAUGUGGAGCAUUAAAUUGUUUCAAUAAUAAUAAAAAUAAUAAAACACAAACAUGCUAUAGAUCAGUGGUAUGGUGGCAGACAGUGGUGAAGCCAGCUCUGGAGAGUUGGUCAUGCACUUGGGCAAAAAAUAAACAGGGUUUUUGGCACCACAGCAAUGUAUCCAAUUUAAGUUGAUGUUAGACCAGUUCCCUAAAGAAAAGUGUUUUCAGCUAUUGUGAAAAUACCCAGAAAAGCCUUAGGGCAUAAAACAUUUAAAAAUUUGCAAAAGAAUAAUUUUCAGAACUUUCUUGAGACAUGUUUUGAAGAAGCCUUCGAACAGAGUGCACUUGUAAUCCGGAGUUGUCACUUGCAAUACGGACAUAGACAUAAUCUGUCUAAAGAUUUCAUGGACAGAACCUCAUAGACAGAAUAUGGAGUAUUAGCCAAUCAGAUAGUAGUUUUCUAUUUGAAGAAAUAGCGCAUGGCAGGGUUCCAAAAUAUGUGUUAACACCUUGUUCAGGUGUCAUCAAGUAUUUGCUCAUAGAUAACUGUUUGCAUAAAAGCUCCAUGUGGUCUGAAGGAAUGCACAACUAAGUAGGAAAGACAAAAGAGAUGUACUUCCGUGCACUGCAACAUUCUUAAACCUGCCUCUGCCUUAUCAACAUGCAACAAGAAGCGACAUCAGUAAAAUAUAAUUUGUUUCAUGCCCUUGUCUUUCCUACUACUAAAGUACCAUGAGCCCCCUAGAAAAAAUCCAAAACAAUCUGAUGCACUAAGCGACGAUUAAUUAUGAUUUUAACUGCGAUUUCAAAUUUGCCUUCACUCAUUCAAGCUGGGCAUCGACAUCUUCGUUUGAAAAUCCCAAUGCCGUAGAAAUCACAACUGACUUGAACCGUGUAAGAUAAAAGAAAUCGUACGUUUUCCCGAAAUUAUGGGGCUUGGAAACAACUGAAAGUGUACGUCCAACCUAUCCGACUCGACAUGGAAAUUUUAUUUCAAAAAUCUGAUAAUUUGACCUAAUUGAAAAAACCCUUCCAAACGAACUUUCUAUCGAUAAAACUGAAAGUCCCUUACCCGUGGCAAUGGAAAUAAAAAACUCGUAUAAAGAUCUUGUAAAGACUUACCAAAUAAACUCUUUCUGCCGUAACUUUCCUGUAUAUCUUGAGAUGCAGUUUACAAGAGCAACAAAACAUAAAUGAAGGCCUUUACAGUGUACCCGCCAAAUAUGAGGCAUAUUUCGCGCCAAAUCCUACAGCUUUCAAUUUAACUGGUUCACAUAGACAUAUUCGUUCUCCUUAUUUGUUUUCUAGUGGAUGAGCUGCAAUAAAGAGCUCUCAUUGGUAGAACCUUUUUGACCACAACUUUUGAUUGGGUAUUGGGAACUUUUCAGUCUACCUACGGACAGAAAGAUCCCUUUCUGCUCAGCUGAUUAGUCAAAAUAUCUGUCAACCACGGGAAUCAACGAUCAAAAUGACCCAUCUUAUUAUGCAUAAAAGUAGUAAAAUCAGUGGCGUGCUUGCAGAGGGAGGGGAGGGGGGGCGAAAUAUCAGUAUUCAUUUAAUUUAACUUAUUUUUACUUUUAUCUCUAAGAUUGGAUUCUCGUCGCCGUUUUGCUUUGUUUCUGAAUUUUACUCGUAAAUAACUUUCAGUCAGUAGAAAAUUUAUUUCAGAGAAAGCUUGCGUUUUUGAAAAUUGCUUCAAAAGGUGCAUUUCCCAGCCAAUUAGAUUCAAACAAAUUUGAAAGUUUUCUUUUUCUUCGGCGGCAACCAUGGUGCUGCCCCUGAAAGAUAGUUAUACCCUGGGAUUGUUCCGAUAUGUAGCUCUAAAGGGUUGGAAGUUACGAAAUCUUAUAGGUAUUGUCCAGAUCCUCCCAUGAGUCUAGAGCGAUGUUGUAAAUAUUUGGAUGCAUUUUCCUAUAAUCUCUAGAAGGUCUUCUAUGCAAAUUAUUGCCGCCAACCAUGGUGACGACUUUCACUAAACUCUUGAACGAUCUUAGUGCCCCCUCCCUACCCUCAACUUCUCUAAAUAGUGAGGUCCAUGGUUAUCACUAUUUUGCAGUUUGAUGCUGCUGCAACGAUACUGAAAAUACUGUUAGGUAUUGCAAAGAAUAACAUUCUCUAUUUGAAAAUUUUCUAUAACGUCCCUGAAAUUGACUACCCUAUCCCCUCUCAUUUGAAGGGUAUACCCUGGGUACCAGAGCCACAAAACUUCCAGCACGUAAACAGAAGGCCAAGCAGACAAGCGAAGGGCCCUGGUACCCAGGGUAGCAGGGGUAGUUUUAUUUGUUAUGUACUAAAAUGCAAAAUGGAUACAAGUUUAUUCGUGUCUUAUCAUUCUUAUCUAUCAAACUAUUCGGUGAAUAUUAACCUGGUUUGUUAUGAUUAUGUUUAGCCAAGUACUAUGCACGCGACACUAUUUUUUUAUAUGUAUUUUAAGGGGCUCCAAAUAACUUUGGGCCCAGGGCCCCAACAAACGUAAAUGCGGCCCUGGUCUGUUCCCUUUUUUCAUCUAAUAAAAAGAAUGUUGCAUAAGCUCUGUUUAGGAAAAAAAAAAUUGUAAGGACACUAGCCUUAAAAUUGGUCAAAUGUUUAAAACAAAUCGAGAACAAGCUGAAGCUGAGCUACUUUAAAAUUUUAGUGGAAGUUUUUGCCAUCAAGGGGUGCUUUUUUCGGUGAAUUUACAAGCUUGUUAGCAAAUAGAGUAUGUAUCACCCCUUUGUUGGCAUAUGAGGCCUGGACACUACCCCCUCCCAAAUUACAGCACGCUAGAUUACGAAAAUCCAGCAUC